AUGUCGUGGAAACUGACAAAGAAACUGAAGGAGACGCACCUUGCGCCGUUGAUGAGCGGGUCGAGUCGGUCGACAUCAACCUCGACUGUCAAGCCAGAUGAUGCUGCUGCGCCUUCGGUAGAUAGCAAUGAUCUUACCACGACUCAGAGCAAUGUGAGCACCUCAUCUGCGACCACAGCAAAUGGCAUUGCCGCUUCGGAGGCACUCACCUCACCACCGGUGCAAAACACAAAACCUGGCAUCUUGAUAGUCACUCUCCACGAAGGAAAGCAGUUCUCUCUACCACAACAGUACCAGUCAAUCUUCAACAGCUUCUAUGGCUCGGGCGGGUCGGGCUCAGUUAGACCUAGCUCUUCCUACGCCGCCGGCUCGUUGACCUCCGGAUCUUAUGCGCCUUCCAACCGUCCGAUGUCUACUCAUGCUGGUAUCAAUGCUGCGCCCACUGUUCACGGUCGAUACAACAGCAAAUAUCUACCAUACGCACUUCUUGAUUUUGACAAGGUCCAAGUGUUUGUCGACGCGGUAUCUGGCAACCCGGAGAAUCCACUUUGGGCCGGUGACAACACUUCAUUCAAGUUCGAUGUCUCGCGCGUCUGCGAGCUCAGCAUUCAGCUCUACCUUAGGAACCCAGCUGCAAGACCAGGAGUCGGCAGAAGUGAGGAUAUCUUCCUUGGCGGCGCCAGGGUCACUCCAAGAUUUGAGGAAGCUAAGACUUUUGUUCCGGACCCCAAGAAGAGCAAGAAGGAGAAUGAGAAGGCUGAAGCUGCUUGGAAUUCUCAGGAGAAGCAAGCAGGUCAACUGGGUACUGAAUGGAUCGACAUUCAGUUCGGCACAGGUGCUAUCAAGGUUGGUGUCAACUAUGUUGAGAACCGCCAUGGCAGUCUGAAGAUCGACGACUUUGAGUUAUUGAAAGUGGUCGGCCGAGGCAGUUUCGGCAAGGUCAUGCAGGUCAUGAAGAAGGACACUGGUCGAAUCUACGCUCUCAAGACAAUUCGCAAAGCUCACAUCAUAUCACGGUCCGAAGUCGCACAUACUCUUGCAGAGAGAUCGGUCCUUGCACAGAUCAACAAUCCGUUCAUCACACCAUUGAAGUUCUCCUUUCAAUCACCAGACAAACUUUAUUUCGUGCUGGCUUUUGUCAAUGGUGGUGAACUCUUCCAUCAUCUCCAAAAGGAACAGCGAUUCGACAUCAACCGAUCCAGAUUCUACACGGCAGAGUUGCUGUGCGCUUUGGAAUGUUUGCACGGUUUCAAGGUCAUCUACCGGGAUCUCAAACCCGAGAAUAUCCUUCUCGACUACACCGGUCAUAUUGCGCUCUGUGACUUUGGGCUGUGCAAGCUGGACAUGAAGGAUGAGGACCGCACUAAUACCUUCUGUGGUACCCCCGAGUAUCUAGCGCCAGAGCUUCUUCUCGGUCACGGCUACACAAAGACUGUCGACUGGUGGACCUUGGGUGUUCUUCUCUACGAAAUGUUAACUGGACUACCGCCGUUCUAUGACGAAAACACCAAUGAGAUGUACCGCAAGAUCCUCCAAGAGCCUUUACACUUCCCUGGUCCCGAGAUUGUUCCUGCUGCUGCCAAGGAUCUUCUUCAGAAGCUGCUUGACCGCAACCCUGAGCGUCGACUGGGUGCUGGCGGUGCAGCUGAAAUCAAAGCCCAUCAUUUCUUUGCGGGUAUCGACUGGAGAAAGUUGCUGCAGCGCAAGUACGAACCCAGCUUCAAACCCAAUGUGGUCGACGCUAGGGAUACCGACAACUUCGACAAGGAGUUCACAUCCGAGGUGCCUAAAGAUUCGUAUGUCGAGGGACCUGUCCUUUCUCAGACAAUGCAACAACAAUUCGCCGGCUGGUCGUACAACCGUCCUGUUGCCGGUUUGGGGGAUGCUGGCGGAAGUAUCAGGGACCCUUCUUUCGAUCGUAUUCAGUAA